AUGGCGUUGGAGGAGGGGGUGGGCAGUGCCCCCCCUGCCGCUGACAGCUGUGGGGACAGGAGCAUGGUGGGUCUGGUGUGGCGUGGGGAGAAGCCGGCUUUCCUCACUCCCCUCCCAGGGCAUGGUGGGCCUGCUCGCCUGCUGGCCUGGGGAUUUCUGGCAGUUGUGCAGCACAUCAAGCGCCACAAUAUUGUUCUCAAAAGAGAACUGGGAGAAGGAGCCUUUGGGAAAGUCUUCCUGGCAGAAUGCUAUAACCUCUGUCCCGAGCAGGACAAGAUCUUGGUGGCAGUGAAGACGCUGAAGGAUGCCAGCGACAAUGCCCGCAAAGACUUCCACCGCGAGGCAGAGCUGCUAACUAACCUGCAACACGAGCACAUCGUCAAGUUCUAUGGUGUCUGUGUCGAGGGUGAUCCACUCAUCAUGGUCUUUGAGUAUAUGAAGCACGGAGAUCUUAACAAAUUCCUCAGGGCACAUGGACCAGAUGCAGUACUGAUGUCAGAAGGCAACCGUCCUGCUGAGCUGACCCAAUCCCAGAUGCUUCACAUUGCCCAGCAGAUUGCAGCUGGUAUGGUUUACCUGGCAUCACAGCACUUCGUGCAUCGGGAUCUUGCCACCCGGAAUUGUCUGGUUGGUGAGAACCUACUGGUGAAGAUUGGGGAUUUUGGGAUGUCUAGAGAUGUGUACAGCACGGACUACUAUAGG